AUGCAUCGGCAUCUCCAAAUGACCCACCCAGAAUAUACUGCGGGGACCAAUACGGUUCCUGUCAGUAGCAUUAAACGUGAGCCGGAGGAGGAUACAGCAGGAUCCCCUGAGCCUACUGCGCUCCCUGCUGCAUCCCGGAAUCCAUUAUUCCGCAGCACGUGCAAACGCACCCUAAAAAGCAAGUCGGGGUUUGCCACGCAUAAGUGUGAAAUUGUCGACGUAGCUUACACACCGUCACAGCUGGGCACCUUCGGCAAAACACAUUAUGAGUGUCCUCUCUGUGGCCAGAGAGUAGAGUAG